AUGCAGCCAGAAUGGCACCUUCACAGUGAUAUGAGCUCGAGGAAGAUUUUCACAAUAAUCGAGGCAAAAGAACAUCUUCGAAACGACAAAGGAAGAAAACGUCGGGGAGAUACCAGGAGAAAAAAGAAUCUUCAUAAAGAAAAUAAAGAACGCAGCAGCAUCGUAACCAUGCCGCUGAAAACGAGCAUAUUCAUAAAGGAAAUCACACACGGGAGGAAAUCUUCAGAAUGCCGCAAAAAGGGUACAUCGUCGUAG